GAACCCGUCGGCUUCCAGCCACUAAUCCCCAAAGCCAAAUUUCUCGCUUCGCCUUUCCUUCCUCCCAUCCCUCUCGAGGCUCGCCGUCGCCGCCAUUCCCGUUCGCCUCCUCCUCCUCUUCUCCACCUCCGCAAAACCCUAGCCGCCGACCCCUCCAAUCCCCUACAAGCGCCCGAAUCGCGGCCCCAGUCGAGCUAGGGCUCGCCAAUUUCUGGCCUGGCCCGUGGAAAUUUCGGGCCGUCCCUUUUCGGGUGAAUCCUUCAGUUUUUUUUUCCGGGGGGAUUGUUUGAUUUCUGCGGCGCACGAUGGGGAGCAGGAGGGAGGAGGAGAGGAACGAGAAGAUCAUCCGCGGCCUCAUGAAGCUGCCGCCCAACCGCAAGUGCAUCAAUUGCAACAGUGUGGGGCCGCAAUAUGUAUGUACCAAUUUCUGGACCUUCAUUUGCCUGUCAUGUAGUGGAAUUCACCGUGAAUUCACUCACCGUGUUAAAUCGGUGUCAAUGUCCAAAUUUACAACCCAAGAAGUUCGGGCUCUUGAACAGGGGGGUAAUCAGCGAGCUCGCGACAUCUACCUAAAGGACUGGGAUUGGCAACGAAUGAGGUUGCCUGUCAAUACCAAUCCGGAUAAGAUAAGGGAAUUUAUCAGGACUGUUUAUGUGGACAAGAAGUACGCUGGUGGGUCCUCUAACAAGCCAGCGACAGAUAGUGAGAGUGUGAAAAGCAAUGAAAAUGAAAUGAGAAGACCUAGCUCCUAUCAUUCAUACUCCCAAAGCCCACCUUAUGAUUUUCAGUAUGAAGAUAGAAGAUAUGGUAAGCAAGUUGACACGCUUGCUCGAAGGCCUUCAGAUAGGGCACUCUUCGAUGGGAAGCUCGGCAACUUUCUAUUCAGUCCAGGUCGUUUGCGAGAUCAGAUGAAUGAAGACCGAUUUGCUAAUGAAAGUUCAGGGUCAAGGUUUUCCGACUUUUCAGCCUCAAGCACUGGUGACUUUAGAAAUGAUGUCCUUUCUCCUAGCUCUCAAGAGACAGGGUACAGUAGUCCCUCCGUCCAUCAUUCAAGAAACGUCUCUGCUGAAAAUCCUCAAUCCCAGAAGUAUCCUAAUGUAACUUCAUCACAAAUAGAUUUGAACGGAGUUCGACGCCCUCAGCGAACAGCUUCUUCUGGAAGUUUUGGAUCAUUUGAUGGUAGCUCAGUGUCCAACAAAUCAGUUGAAUCAGGUUACCCGCCUGAUGCACCAACAGAAAAGUCAGUGCAUUCUGCAGUAAACCAUCAGAUUGUGGCUUCUCCCGUGGCAAAUUCAACAAAACUAUAUGCCUCGCCACCCAGCAACCACAACUUGAUACCUCAGAAAUCUGCUGAUUUAGGUAGCCAAACCACUGCCACUAGGAACCCUGUGCAACAUGGUGGGGCUCAGACUGAAGCUGUGGUGCCGUCGCCUGCCCCAACACAACCAACGACUUUCACACCUCUUGACCUCUUUGAUCAAUCAACUGCGCAACAACCUGUCACUUCUGAUGCACAGAUAGAUCUGUUUGCUGGCUUUAAUGAACAGUCAUCAGCUUCUCAUAAUUUAGGCAGUCAUUCUGAUGUUGCCAAAGAACCUUCCCAUAAUGUUGUCGUUCAGAAGGCCGUGAUACCAUCAGCUGAAGCACUCGCCACAUCCCAUCCUGCUCACCAAGAUCUCUUCAGUCUGUCAAUUUUGCAGGAACCAGCAACUUCCUCACCCCCUCCGCCGAUAGAUCUGUUUGCUGGCUUUGACCAACAACUGCCACAUUUGUCUAAUGUUCAACAAAUUCCAUCAGCAGCUCCAUUGCCUGCUAACGGUGGAUGGGCUUUCUUUGAUGCACAAUGUGGAUCUUUAACAUCUGUUUUAAAUGUGCAAGCUCAGAUGCCUGCUGCAUUUCAUCCAUCUGAUGAUAUUGCUAAAGGAAUUGAUCAAUCAACAUCGCCAACUUCAUCACCAAAUGCCAUUGGGUCGCAAAGUACUCUGUCCAUGAUGGAUAACUGGAGUUUAAAUACUGAAGAAGUGAAGAUUUCUGUUCCCAAAGAAAAUUCUCCGCCUUGGAAUGCCUUUGGUGAAUCAACUCAGAGCGCAUCAAAUAAUUUGUUCACAUUCAACACUAUGUCUCAAGUAGCGCCUCAUCAAUUUACUACACCUGGUGCUUCACAUAUUGAACCCAGAAAUCCACAGGAUUUAGCUAGGGGUGAGACUGAAAGGCCAACUCCUGGGGAUAUGUUUUCUGGUUUCAACAUUUCACCUGUUGAGAUGGCUGGACCAUUGUUUCCUGCACCGCCUCAAUCCCAUUUGGAUGGCAUGGUGUCUCAUCCUGGAAAAUCAACAAAUCCAUUUGACAUAGCAUUUGAAUCUGAUGUUGACGCCAACGACAUGUUUAUGGAUUUGACCUCGCUACAGGAUACAUUACCAGAUCUUCAUACCACCACAGAUUAUUCUGGGAGCUUAGCACAGUCAUGGGUUUCUCAGAAUUCUACUAUGCCAUACGUUCCUUCUGGGCCUCAAGGAGGAUUAUCCUACGUGUCUGGACAAGACUCUCACAUGUUAGAGCACGGCAACUUUGCCACUCCCCAAUGGCGUAGGUGGUACGGUAAAGGUUUUUCUGUGGACAACUUGGAGCCAGAGAACGGGCAGCCUUCGUCUCCGCGCCGCCCGAGUCCUAAAACCCUACCCAAAAUCUCUCCCGAGUCCCCACCCACCGCCAUCGCGCGGCCAGCCGCCAUGCGCCCCUUCCACCCUCCCCGCCCCAACCCCAACCAGCCCCACCGCGCGCGGCCCGGCGGCGACCCGGGCCCGCCUCACCUCCCCGGUGUCCCCAUGCACCCCGCCUUCCCGCCGCCCGUCCCCAACCUCGCCGCCGCCGCCAACCCCAUGGCCGCGGCGGCGGCCGCCAACCCUUUCCUCGCGCUGCAGCUCCUCGGCCAGGCGCAGCAGCUCCAGAACCUCGGCUUCCUCGCCGCCGCGGCGCUCCAGCAGCAGCAACAGCAACACCAGCAGGCGCCGUUCUUCCCGGGAGGGUUCCCGCCGAACCCCAACCAGCUCGCGCCCUACACGGGCGGCCCGCCGCCAGCCGGUUUCAACGGUGGCGGGGCGUUUCGGCCCGGCGGUGCUGGGGUUUGCGGGCCGCGGCCGCCCAGGCCCAUGAUGAGCCCUGCGGGGAAGGGUUUCAACAACAACGCCGGAAGCGGAGGAGCACCGAAGCCGAUUCCAAUUCUCAAUGUCGCGAAGAAGGACGACAACAACAGCGGCGGUGCACCGAGGCCAAUUCUCAACGAUGUGAGGAAGGACCGGAAUAGCUUUGGUGGCGGCAACGGCGAGGUAAACAACUUUGAGAAUAAAGCAGAUGGCAUAUCUAAUUUUGCAUCUGAAAAUGGGAACAAAACAACAGAUCAGAGAGUCCGAUUUAACUCUGGAAGAGAUGUUAGAGAUGGCAGGCAAUUCGGUGCACCUAGAGGGAGGGGAAGAGGAAAACACUAUAAUCAAGGUCGUGGAAGAGGAAACAACAACUGGGAAGACACAAAAUCCCACUUCAUGAGCCACAAAGGUCCAGCAUCAGGACGUCGCAGUGAUGCUCCAGCUCCGGCAUCAGGCGGUAGCCGAAAGCGCCCUCCUUUAAUCUAUGAUGCAAAUGAAGUUAAACAGUGGGUAGAAGCACGGAAGAAGAACUACCCUACAAGCGUCAAUAUAAGCAAGAAGUUGUCUGAGAGUAAGUCAGAUAAUCAAACCAAGGACAAAGAUGCCCAGCUGCGACGCCAGGAACUGAAGGAAAUCCUAGCAAAGCAGCAAGAACUGGGUUUUGAAUUACCUGAGUUACCACCUGGCUAUCUAUCUGAAACUGAGGAUCAAGGCAAUGAAAGGAAAAGCAACUGGAAAACUCAAUGCAGGGAUUCUCGUUUUGGAAAUCGUGCCAAAACUAACAAAAGAAUGAGGUUUGAGCGUGGAGAGUUUCAGUCUAAAAGAUCCAAGGUAUGGAACCAUACUCCUAACGGUGAUGGAGCAAUGGCUAAGAGCAGGGAACCAACCCUCCUACAGAAGCUACUUAGCUCCGAUAUCAAGAGGGACAGGCAUAGGCUUCUUCACACGUUCAAAUUCAUGGCCUUGAACAAUUUCUUUGAGGACUGGCCUGAUAAGCCGCUGCAGUUUCCCAUUGUUAAGGUGAACCAGAUUGAAAUCGAAAAUAAUAUUCCCACAGGUGACUUAGAUGACUUGGAGAAUGCUGAGAUGGCCAAGGACAUCAGACUCGAUACAAAUGAAAAUUGUGAUAGGAAGGAGUUGAGCUCGAUUGAUGGAGAAACUGGUAUCGCCGACCACGACGAUGAAGAAGAGGAUGGUGCUGGUACUAGUCCGGACAGCAGUGACGAGGAUGAGGUCGACGAUGCAUAUGAAGAGCAGUUUAACGAACCUGAAGAUGAUGCCGCUGCAUGAAAAUUUCUGAACGGGGUACCCAAAUUUUAAGCCCAAGUGUUCUUUUUCUGUCUGUAAAGUUCAGUUUGCACAAUGCAUUCUAUAGCUCUUCGCAUAUUCCUGGCGAGGUCUGAUGUUUGAAGAAAAGUAGUUGGUAGUUGAAUUAUGAUGUUAUCUCCCGGGAAUAUACUUCAUCGCUGUACGGACAUGGUCGUUCCUGAACAAAUGCACAGAACACAGCAGCAUGAUCUGGUCCUCAUUCUGCA